CUCUGCGUUUCGGAUCAGUGACGGCGGAUUCCCAGCCGGCCGGCGUCGGGGCUGCUGGGAGGAUGCGAAGCCCGAGCGCGGCGUGGCUGCUGGGGGGCGCCGUCCUGCUGCUCGCAGCCUCUGCCUCCUGUAAUCACACCACCCCAGGAACCAACAGAUCUGCUAAAGGAAGGAGCCUUAUUGGUAAGAUUGAUGGUUCAUCUCAUGUCACUGGAAAAGGAGUCACAGUACAACCAGGCUUUUCUGUGGAUGAGUUUUCUGCAUCGGUCCUCACUGGAAAACUGACUACUGUCUUUCUUCCAAUUGUCUACAUAAUUGUAUUUGUGGUUGGUUUGCCAAGUAAUGGCAUGGCCCUGUGGGUCUUUCUUUUCCGAACAAAGAAGAAACACCCCGCUGUGAUUUACAUGGCCAAUCUGGCCUUGGCAGACCUCCUCUCUGUCAUCUGGUUCCCCUUGAAGAUUGCCUACCACAUUCAUGGCAACAACUGGAUUUACGGGGAAGCUCUAUGCAAGGUGCUCAUUGGCUUUUUCUACGGCAACAUGUACUGUUCCAUUCUCUUCAUGACCUGCCUUAGCGUGCAGAGGUAUUGGGUCAUUGUGAACCCCCUAGUGCACCCCAGGAAGAAGGCAAACAUUGCCAUCUGUGUGUCCUUGGGAAUAUGGUUGUUGAUUCUGCUGGUCUCCAUCCCCCUGUAUGUCGUGAAGCAGACCACGCACAUUCCAGCCCUUAACAUCACAACCUGUCAUGAUGUUCUGCCUGAGGAUGUGUUGGUGGGAGACAUGUUCAAUUACUUCCUCUCUCUGGCCAUUGGAGUCUUUCUGUUCCCAGCCUUCCUCACAGCAUCUGCCUACGUGCUGAUGAUCAGAACACUGCGAUCUUCUGCCAUGGAUGAGAACUCGGAAAAGAAAAGACAGAGAGCCAUCAAACUCAUUGUCACCGUCCUGGCCAUGUACCUGAUCUGCUUCACUCCUAGUAACCUUCUGCUCGUGGUGCAUUAUUUCCUGAUUAAAAGCCAGGGCCAGAGUCAUGUCUAUGCCCUGUACAUCAUAACCCUGUGCCUCUCUACCCUCAACAGCUGCAUUGACCCAUUUGUCUAUUACUUCGUUUCACAAGAUUUCAGGGAUCAUGCAAAGAACGCUCUCCUCUGUCGAAGCGUCCGUACUGUAAAGCAGAUGCAAGUAUCACUCACCUCUAAGAAAUUCUCUAGGAAAUCCAGUUCUUACUCUUCAAGUUCGACCAGCAUUAAACCCUCCUAUUGAGUUUUAUAGCUUCUCAGGUGGAAGUUUUACAGCAGGAUUUGGAGCCUGCUUAAUGUUCUGGGGACAUGUCUGUUAUUUCCAAGCAGGACUUACCACAUACCAUAGACAUGCAGCACCUCUCAGGAUUGCUAGAAGUUUCCCUGUUUGCAUAAGAAAAGCCCCCCAAAUUGACACAGAUGUCAGGUUCAGAAUCCUUUACUCAGAUGCUCCCAGAAACUGAACUCUGAGAGAAGCAGACUUUUUCAGUAGGUGGCAAAA